CAGUGCUGCACUCAAGAACUCGAGUCCCCAACGCAUGAUGAACGCCGACGACUUGCAGUGCACGGCGCAGGGAUGCUGCAACACGGCCCAGUCGUACGGCCUUUGUGCAUCUCACUUGUCGAGAGUCCAGACGCGCGAUCUUUCUCAAACGUCGUUCAUGGACGCUGGUCAAAACACGUCGCUUCGCACGAGUCCGACCACCCAUCAUCGGCCGCAGGGCCUAACGUCGUCGGCACACUACGACACCCCGACGUCAAUUCAGAGCGGUUCUGAAAACUCUGACGACGGAGGGGGACAACAUGACUCGGUGGUGCGUCGCGAGAGGAAUCGCAUUGCUGCGCGCAAGUCGCGGCAGCGCAAGUUGGACAAGAUCCAGCAUCUCGAGAACGAAAAAGGCCGGUUGGAAGGACACCGGAACCGCCUCAUCAAUGAGAUUCGCAUGCUUGAGAGCCGCAUGGAAGGCAGUUUGGGCACGACCAAGAAGGUGCUGACCGACGACGAGUACGAGGCACUGCAGAACGAGCGCGUCCGCGUGAUUGAAGACGUCCAUGCCAUGUACAACGCGCGCAACAUCGAAGAUUCCACAAAAUACUUUCGAGAAGACUCGAUCGUGUCUGGGCCCCAGAACUCGGUCCACUUACGCGGUAAGGACGCGAUCGUGCUUGACUUUCUGUGCACGGACUCGUUGUUUGAGAACUUUCAGCUGAACCACACCAAGAUCGACAGCGGCGGACCUCGGUCCCAACACUUCCGCGUGUACUGGCUCUUCACUGGCACGAUCAAAGCAACGGGAUCGUGCAUGAACAAAGAGUUCCAGGACCUCUUUGGCAAAGUCCAGGGGAAAACACUCACGAUCGACGGCGUUUCGAACUAUUCGUUCAGCGGCGACAAGAUCGUGUACAUUCACCGAACGGCCGACCAAGCCAAGCUUCUCUCGACGCUUGUCAAGUUGUCUAAAGUUUAACAUUUACUCAACACGCUCUCCCUUUUCGUUUUGCGUGGAA